AUGGAAGAAGCCAUGAGGAGGCUAAAAGGGCGGCUGACCCAAACACCGGAAACCCGCACUCUCCAACUCCCCCCAAAGAAGCCGUGCACCGCCGCCAACAAGACGUCCCUCAAAGAUGCUAGCGCCUCAGGUAAUCCGAUGAGGUAUCGAGGCGUCCGGCGGCGUCCGUGGGGCCGUUACGCCGCCGAGAUCAGAGACCCUCUGUCCAAGCAGAGGAAGUGGCUCGGCACCUUCGACACGCCGGAGGAGGCGGCUUGGGCCUACGACUGCGCCGCCCGGUCCAUGCGAGGCGUCAGGGCCCGAACCAACUUCGUCUACCCUACUUCGCAGCCGCCUCACGCUUCUGGCCACGGUUCAUUCAAUAUCCCUCCGUUCAACUACAAGAAAGCGUCAAAAUUUUCGGCUUUUAGUGAUUACACUUCCCGAGGGUCUGUUCAAUCCCCCAGCAUGUCAUCCUUUUCAAACCCUCAUGUCGGCGGCGAUCAUCACUUCUCGGGGUCUAAUUCCGUAGAGAGGAACUCUUCUCUGAACAUGCUUCUCUUCCGCGAUUGUCUAAGCUCUUUUUCCAAUUCGUCGCCUUCCUUGCCCCAAUCCAUUCUUUCAUUCGAACAAAGUCCCUAUCUUUCUGGCUCUACUAUGGCGAACCAGUUCAACACCUCUUGUUCUAAUGCAUGUGCAACCUUUGGAGGAUCGUCCUUGACUAUGCCCAAUAUAGAAGAUCAACAGAUUCUUGCAGGAAAUCCAGCUUUGAAAACGGAUGAACCUGAUACUGGCAUGGAUUUCUUUCCUUAUGAGAAUUCAGGGUUGUUGGAAGAAGCCUUACAUGGGUUUUUCCCGAAACCCUCGACAAAAUCUGCGUCGUCAACUAAAACCCACAAUUCCACGACUGGAUCAUCAUCUUCCGCGGCUCAUACGUCCGAUGCUUCUUCUUUUGAUCGUCCUGAGAUUAAGAAGGUAAUUCUGGACGACCAUUUCGGCCUCUACAUUGACAGCAAAAACGGUAACGGCGGUUUUCACUCGCCGGCAACGGCAAUCUACAACGAGUUUCCGUCGAGCAUUCAGGUCAACAUUGAUCCCAUGUUCGGCGAUUUUGUUCAGUACCCAGAUCUUCUGGGAAUCUACGCAGCCAAGCUUCAAAAUUCCUGA